AUGGUUAAAUCAGACACUCCACUUUGGCGUCAUGGACCAAAAGACAAGCCAGUUUUGUGCAACGCAUGUGGAUCAAGAUACAGGCAUGCGGGACACCUUGAAAACUAUACUCCCAGCCAUUUUCGACCAGAGUAUCUCCAUAACCUUCAAAAUCUGAAAAACCCUUCAAGUUGCUGUAUUGCAACCUCAGUUGGGAAAUACUCAAGUCUUUGGGGCUUUAAGAUCCCUUCAAGGAAACGUUCAAAGAGGAAGUCACCAAUGCAGAGGUUUCAAGAAGAUCUUCUGAAUCUAUACAUAUCUGAAAAUCCGAAACCAGAGGAGUCCUCCCAGGAAGGUGUUUUGAUCGAGCAAAAUAUGAACAACUACAUUCCUAGCAAUGAAAUUGGCCUUGGAGUCAUUCGUCUUAAGCCAAAUGAUACUUCAAAGUAG